AAACAGGCCGUUUUCGCAGUCUGGGCAGAAAUCGAAACCGAUUACUGCGGCCGGGUUGGUGUCAAUCUUAGAUGUGUACAUAAACACAAUUCAAUUUAAUUUGGUUAAAAUAGACAUUAUAUUUCAAGAUGUAGACUUUUCACUAAACAAUAACUGACUUUAUACAAUCCUGCUAAUUUGCUAACUAUUAUAUUUGAAAGGUGGAGCCCAUCACUCACACGACUAUGCACACUAUAGCAAUACUCUCACCUGAUGACACUCUACUUACUCUCACUUGACUUGAUUUUUUGAGCUGGGCUAGUUAAACCGAAUAGCUGCAGCUAUUAAAUAGCUACGUUAGUUAGAUAGGUAUCACAAUUAUUAGAUGAAGUACUGAAAAUAAGUUUGGUUUAAUUGUUUGGGGGUCUAACUAGCUAGCUAUAGGCUAGAGAUGGCUGUUGUGGGUAGAAAAGUGGCUGUUGGUAGUUAGCUAGCUAGUUAGCUAUUUACAUAGCUAGUUAAUUAUUAUUAUUAUUAUCUGUUGCACAAUUUUGGUUGACUGAUGCAAUGUUAACCCUGUGUCCUUAGAGCGCAACUGGCAUUUUGUAAAGUCAAGCAAAAUAACACUGACUUUAGCGCAGUGUAUGAAGACAAUAGUAUUAAAUGCUGUUGCGCCGUAGUUUUGUGGCGCUGUAGUUUAGUGGUUAUCACUCUCAUACUUUGUGCAGGAGACUGGGUUCGAUUCUCCUUGCUGGCGAUUCAAUAUGGGCAAUUAAAUAUUACCAUAUCCCCGGGUUAACCCAAGCCAUCUUGGAGAGAUGGCGCCAUGUGUGGACUGUUGGAUGUGGCAGGGAGUUGUCUGGCAGAGCGCUGACCCUUAUUGAGUUUGCGUAGCUCAAAAAGAGCAUUAAAUACUCCAGGACUCCCCAUUAAAGCCAUGGCCCCUCCUGGAAAUAAUAAACAGGGUAUAUCCCUUGAUGUUUGCGAGACUAGCCAUGUAAAAUAUGCACAUCUAUCUAUAUCUAUCUAUCUAUGCUAAUAUUGUUCCCAAUAAAACCACAGACUUUAUUUCAGCCAAAUAACUAAAGAAAAUAAGAUAUAUUACUUAGGAAAGUUUGCAAGGAUGCUGUGCUUGAAUGAUAGAAACAGGCAAACUCAUAAGUUGUUUUUCCUAUAUGAAUUCACUCUUUCCUAUAACGUUUGAAGCUCUUCUUUUGUAGUCUACUCUAUCUUAACUAACCCUCUUUCAAAUGCCCCCCUUGAUUAAACACUCCCUUUAAAAAAGUUCAAUGAACCCAAGCGUUAAGGUACUUUCAAACAUCAAGUCUAAAUAAAAGUCAGAAUGACCAAGUUUGUUGUUUUUUGUUGAGUAAAAGUAUAUACAUUGAUUAAUAUGCAAUUUUGUCACACUCAAACCAAAAAUCUCAUGGCAAAGUCAAGAGGUGAUCCAGAAAGUUGUUUUGGUUGCAUUUUUUUCAACACUUUACAUGGGGGUCUCCAGAUUGGCUAAAGCAGCCUUACCUGGAAAUUAGAAACUCAAAAUGUCAUAAAAACUAUUGACAAAAUACAAAAUUUAUAACGAUGGCCACCAACAUUCACGGAUGAACAAUUAGGGGAGAUCAGUGACAACUUUAAUAAUAACGCACUUUAAAGCAUUUCACUUUGUAGACAAGACAUAUAUUUUUUUCUCAGUGACGUAUCCAGAGUUUUUUUUGGACUACUGUUUUUUUAUACCCAACUUUUGCUUAGGUUAGUAUCCACCAUGGUUGUUACUGAAGGGAAGAUUUUGGGUUUUGAGGUCCCUAGAUCGCCGGAAAAUGUGUUUGUGGCACUCAAAACAGCAAAAUUUUGUACAAUUAUUACUUGCAUUUUAUUACAUAAUUUUGUAUAUUUUUCGUUUUUAGUCUUUGUUGCUGAUAAAUAUAUCUAAAUACAUGUUAAACCUGUUAAAAAUUAAACAUUACACCUGGUGUCCACGAUAGAUAACUUCUAUUCAAAAACAACAAAGACUGUAUUAGUUUAUCAAUUAAAUAAAAAACUGACGGCAAAAAAAUAAAUUAACACUUGUUUUAAUGCGUUGUCAUAAAGCUAGCUAAUAGAUUUCAAUCGUUCGUGAAUCAAAAUGCGAUAUAAAUAACAUUUCUAUCACCGCUUUUCGAUUAUAAACUAUUAAAAUGCGAUCUAAAAAAACAUUUCUAUCAUAGCUUUUCGUUUAAUAAAAAUAAGUACGAGAAGUUUGAUUGAUGAUGACAUCUUUUUUACUUUAUUUUAGCAGAUAUUUUAUUGUGGUUCGUGUGCACCACACUCGUUACACGAACACGAUGGUAACAACCUUUUCACAGCACUGUAGCAUUGUGUCCAUAACAUAGGCUGAAGCUGUCGUUCAGUUGAGCGAGUAAAGAUUGUGGUAGACUUGUGAAUUCAAAACAUUCAAAUGUUACAAUUGUGAUGGCAUGUACGUCAAAUCCAAGCAGUUUAAUCAUUUUGAAGGAUCGCGAAUUUGCUGAAGAAAAACAUACUACUUAGAGCUUGUAUUUACUUAAUCAACUAGGUUUUUUUUUCUUUGCAUUUUUUAUUUUUUGGGAUAAGAAUUUGGAAUCCCAUCGUGGUAAACCGGUAGCAAAACCUCUCUGGAUACGUCAGUGUUUCUUACGAAAAACAGUAUUGUGAUUUUUCAAAACUUUUGAUUAUUGAUUUUGCUUUUGUUUCAAAGUUUCUUCUUUUUUUUUCUUUUUUUUUUAAAAAAAUAAAUUCUUUCCAUGUUGUCCCGGUUCCAUAAAAUAAACAGGCUACAAAAAUGGCAUCUUUGCAAAUGGAUUUGUUAUUGUUAUUGCUCAUGUCUUUUGUAUUUCUAAUAACAAUGAUUUCGAGUUGUAGAGCAUUGUGAGUGUUUACAAAAACAGGACAACAAAAAUACAUGGAUAGGUGAAUAUUUAGUGUAGUGGGUUCGUGUAUGUAGACACACCAUCCGGAUAAGUUAUCUGAGUUCAUCACUAACAUUUUGAUGCAUGUAGUGUAGUGGGUUCGUCUGUGGCUCCCAGAACUGGGGACCGCGGAUCGAAUCCUGCUCACUGCCAGGCUGUAUGUUAGUGAUGAACAAAGUAGUUCUUCUACAAUAUAAACCAAUACAUGGCUUAAGCAUAUGCAUUGUCUUCUUUUUAGUAUAGAACAUAUAGUUUCUUCAUGAAAAUAUAUUUUCUCUGUGAUUAAAGACUAAAAAUAUCCAGAAAAUAAGAAAUAAAGCAAUUCGAGCGCUCAUUUUAUAUGUCCCCAAAUUGGUAUAGCGAUGACCAAAUUGACCUAGAUCAGACCGUGAAGGUAGCCAACAAGCAUUUACCUACCUGCUGUAUGAAAUUGAAUGUUAUUUAUGUGCCUGUGUAUAUUAUACACCAACCAAUUUAUUAUCACAAUAUUCUGUUUCUUUAAAAUUGUGUUAUGAAUUUCUUUGUUAUUUAAUUCAAAGAAGGCUCAAAACAAUGUCUAUGAAUGAGCGUGACUAUAAUGCUACUUAUAAAAUACUUGUCCUUGGUGAAAGUGGUGUUGGAAAAACAUCAAUUAUUAGAAGAUUUACGGAAGAAGAAUAUCAGGAGUCAUAUAUAUCAACUAUAGGCAUUGAUUCUCGCACAAAAGUAGUAGAAGUUGAAGAUGAGAAAGUCCGCCUUCAAAUAUGGGACACAGCUGGACAAGAACGCUUUAGAACUCUUACAAGUGCCUACUAUAGAGGAGCAAUGGGAAUUAUUUUAGUUUAUGACGUUACAGCAGAGUAUUCUUUUUCUAAUAUUAGCAACUGGAUGGAUUCGAUAACGCAUAAUGCUUCACCUGGUGUCUGCCAACUUUUGGUUGCGAAUAAAAUAGACACACCUGAUGAACUAAGAGCAAUAUCGAGAAAACGAGGAGAAGAUAGAGCAAAGGAAUGUAAAUUAAAGUUUUUUGAAACCAGUGCUAAGGAAGACACAAAUGUUAGCGAGGUUUUUAUGGAGAUGGCAAAGUUAAUCUGUGAAAACAGAAAAAGAAGAGAAAGGGAAAACAGCAUACCGACGAUUGUAUUAGAGAGUGAAAAAUCUUCCUCUCGUUGUUGCUGAUUCAGAAUAUGUAAAGAUGAGUUAUUUAUUUUUGAAUUUGUAGCAGGUAAUCGAGUUUGAUAUUGAAUGCUGUCAAUGACCAGAAAGGGGCCUUCUACCAGAGAAUUCAAACAAACGCACAAAUGCGAAAGACAAACAUUGAUAUUAAAUUGAUUUAUUACCAUUUUUUUAAUAUGGGCAUUUUUUUAUGUUUGCCAAAAUUCGUCACACAACGUGAA